AUGAGUUCAACCGCGUUCGCGGUGAUCUACCAAACCAUGUGGCCAGCGUCUUUGCGCGACACAAUGUACUGGCACAGGGCGCACCUGCUGCAAAUGUUCGAGAUCUACACGAUCGCAUUCGCUUGUAUUUUGAUGUUUGCAGAGAGCGGGCUGGACGCGCGCACUUUUGCGUGGUGCCUGCGGCCGCACCACCAAGGCUCCGACUUUGCAUCGUUACUCUGCCAGGCGAAGAAGGCUUUCUCUAUAUAUCGUCAGCCUCUCACGCUUGCUGGCUUUUCCGCCGCGUGCGGGCACUCAUCGUCGACGGCAAGUGGUGCAUUCAGACCA